CUUUCAGAAAAUCUGCUAUCCAAACAUUGGGCAGGAUUUUCCUCUGCAUGGAGCCUAUAUACCAGGAGAAACGAUGGCAAUGCUAUUCCUGCUAUAAAAACGACCCGAAACUUGACGCCUGGAGUACUAGUGGUGCUUUGACAGGGUUGCCCUGCUGGAGGAUUUGAUUCCAAAUUUGGUGUUUUAGAAAAGGUGACGUCUUGAGAAACAAAAUGGAACUAAACGUGUAUUUUAUAGGAGCUCCGGCAAAUUUUACAGACAAGAAUGAUCCUGGUUUAGUAUAAAACUGUGGCAUCAGCAACAAGUUGUCAGUUUGAAAUUACAUUUUUUCCAAACCUCAGAAACCCUGAGCAGGAGCACUAGCUGCGAUCACCAAGCC